CUUGUUCUAGACUUGUUUUAGACUUGUUCUGGACUUGUUCUAGACUUGUUUUAGACUUGUUCUGGACUUGUUCUAGACUUGUUCUGGACUUGAAGGAGGCCAUGUCUCCGCUGCAGCUGUCCAUGUACUGGCGCCUCUCCUUCGUCUUCUUCUUCAGCUCUUUCCUCUUCUUUCUCGACGUUUUCGCGUCCGCCGUCGUCGGGGCAUCUUGUGGCCCCGGCAACGGCACGGAAGACGACGCCGGAACGUCGUCGGCGCCGCCGAACGCCGGGGCCAACCAAUCACGGCCCGGCGAGGUCUCGGAGAGCGGGAACCGAGACUCAGUGUGUGAGUGGACGGACUGGUUGGUGUACAGUCAGACUCUCUACAUGGUCGGUCUGCUGCUGGGAUCGCUGGUGGGAGGAGCCUUAUCCGACCGGUACGGGAAGCGCACGGUGCUGCUGGUGUCCGUAUACGUGCACGCCGUUUGUGGGCUCGUGCCCGCCGUCCUUCCUCAGCCCUUCCUCUACCUCGCUGUUCGCUGCGUGACUGGCGUUUGCUGCUGCUGCAUCAACAUCUGCUCCUUCAGUCUGGCCGUGGAGUGGACGCGUCCGGCCGCUCGGCUCUGGGCGUCGGCCUUCUUGACGUUCUGCUUCAGCCUGGGGACGAUGGGCGGAGCUCCGCUGGCCUGGCUCAGCCCCACCUGGAGACGGCUGCACCUGUCGAUGGCCGUGCCUCAGCUCGUCUGUCUGCCGCUCUACCUUUCGAUCCCAGAGUCUCCUCGCUGGUUGUUGCUAAAGAGGAGGACGGAUGUUCUGGACCGUUACCGUCGCAACAGUCCUGCAGAUAAACAGUGUCUGGACUUGCUGUUGGAGUCCGACCUGCAGAAAUCCACCGAGGCUCAGAAGGAGGAGCCAUCUGGAGGCCACUCCCCCAGUGACAUCAUCCACCUGAGACAUCCGACUGUGCUUCUGAGGCUCUUCGUCAUGAGCUACCUCAGUGCAGUGUCAGCGAUGACGUACUUCGGCAUCUGCCUGAACAUCGGCUCUUUUGGUGUCGACGUCUACUCCGCCCAGUUCUUCUCCGGCCUAUCGGAGGCUCCCUGCUUCCUCGUCCCAUUGGUUCGCCUGGGACGGCGGCCAAUCAGCAUGCUCGCUUUUUUCCUAAGCGGAGCGGCCUGCUUCCUGUCGUUACUGCUUUCCAGAUACAACG